AUGGCUGAUCCACUCUCUAUCGGGGCGAGCGUGCUGGCAUUCAUUGGCCUCGCCGAUCGCAUCAUUCGCACAUGCAAGCACUACAUCGAGGCUGUUGAAGAUGCACCCAAAGACAUCCAGAUGAUAUUGGGCGAGGCUACGUCGCUAAGAGCCAUCAUCGACAGCAUUGGCGAAUCAAGUACCACAAGCCUCGUGCCAAAUCUUCACGAACAAAAUGGACCUAUCAAGUCUUGCCACAGCUGUCUUGCAUCACUCGAGGCUCUUCUCCCACAAACUAUGGGCCAAUCUCAGACAGGCAAGCGGCGUAAGAUAACGUUAGCUGACCUCGCAUGGCCUCUGAAGCAAUCGAAAGUCAGAAAGCUGCUGGCCGAGAUUUCACACCAUAAGGCUACUUUAUUGUUAGCUAUGUCUGGUGACAUGAGUCGGGACCUGAAAGAAAUCAGAAUGGGGAUCGAAAGGCUACAAGGCACCAUCUCAGAGUCUGAAACUCGGGAGAUCAUCCGAUGGCUUGAGCGAACAAACCCAUCAUCUCUUCACAACAUAGCAUUCAACAAACAUGAGCCUUUGACGACUGCAUGGGUCACCAAUUCUUCCCAGUGGAAGGCUUGGUUGUCGCUGACCUCUGAAACCAGACUCAUUUGGAUACGUGGACUCCCUGGUUCAGUAAAAACAGUUCUCGCAUCAUAUGUCAUCGAAGAACUGGAAAUGCUAUGCAAGCCAGCCAAUGGUAGUGUUUGCAGCUACUACUAUUGUCAUUACUCUCACAAUCAGGACGAAACGGUGCCAUUCCUGAGCUGGAUCAUUGGCCAUGUCUGUCGACAGAUUAAUUGGAUACCACCGGAGUUAAAGAGGCUUCACGAUCAUGGCUGCGAACCUACCACCACGGACUUGGAAGAAAUAUUGGAAAUUGUGGUGAAUAAACUUGAUGUCUUGUAUAUCAUCAUCGAUGCGGUUGACGAGAGUACUCCACGAGAGGACCUUUUGUUGCUGAUUCAGACAAUAACAGUCGAUAAGCGUUUUGAAAAGAUCAGGAUAUUAGCGACAAGCCGGCAAUACUUCGACAUAGAACAAUCAUUGACUCAGAUAUCAACAAGCAUAUCAAUGUCAAACCCAAUGGUCGAUGCUGAUAUUCGAAGAUUUGUGCACUCCAGACUCAGAUCUAGUAAUCGACUGAAGAGAUGGCACGCGCGAUUCGACGAAAUUGAGGAAGUUCUGGCUGCCAUGGCCCAAGGAAUGUUUCGAUGGGCUGAAUGUCAAAUUCAAGCUAUAGAGCGACUUCGCGACCAGUCGAAACUCCAGCAACUCCUUUCCAACCUACCUAAAGAUUUGAGUGAAACUUACGUCAGAAUCUUCGAAGCAAUCCCUGAAGAAGAUAGACCGCUAGUUCGUUGUAUUCUCACUUGGAUCAUUGGCCAUUCGCAGGCUGCUUGGGUUUAUCACGUUGGUGUGAAUGCGAGUUUGCUUCUGUCAGCAGUCACAUAUGAGCAUUUCGGAUCAGAAACCAAAGGUCAAAAGUCCGUUAUUGACCUUGAAUAUUUAAAAGAGAUAUGCAGCUGUCUCAUAACAGUUCGAUUUGUUCCUGGAGAUAUCUUCGAUAGCUGGCUAGAAGAAUCUCCUGGAUUACAGGCUAGAGAAGCAACUGACGGCGAGGAUCUCUACGUGUCUCUUGCUCACUACACAGUUCUGGAGUUUCUGGUAUCACCACACGUCUUUCAACCUAACUUUGCCUUUUUCGCUAUGUCACCCGAGCUAAUUCGCUUGAAAUUCGCAAAGAGUGUUCUGAAACAAGCCCUAGCGGCUGAUCCAGAGGGGACAAGUAGUGAUUGGAUUCACGACCGCGAAGCAUAUUGUCUCACACUCGGCUGCGCCUUGUAUCUACAUGACAUCCUGGCAGAAACCGAUCUUCAAGACCUUUUCAUGCGAUACAUCCAUCCUUCCUCCCCACACUAUUCGCGCUUCGAAGCCAUCCAGUCCAGGAUUGUCCAGGGCGACGAAGGCUCUAGAUGUUACUUCCUACGACACAUCCCAGCUCGAAUUCAUUGCUCGACGGCAGAAGACACAUGUUCUGGGACAGCUGCGACGCUGAUGAAUAUUCUUUUGCUUUGGAGUGGCAGUAUGCACAAGGAGCUUAUGCCGAUGAUCAGGAGGCUGCUCGCUGGGAGACAGAUACAAGAGCUUCUUGAUACAAAAGUGACAGUUACAUUUAUCGAAGAAUCUGAAGAGGAGUUGGAAGAAGCCGGGAAUGGUUUAUGUGAGAAUACCUUGGAUGGAGCGGUCUGGGAGAUAGUGCAGUCGCGGCAGAUCUUUCUUGACGAUGAAGAGCUUUCUCACUCUUUCCAUAUGCUUGGGCGUCAGUUGGGCUAA